AUUCAACAGUUUCUCCACAAAACCCUCUAAAAACCCCGUCCUCGUUAACCACCAUCAUCGUCACCGCCUUCGCUGCAUCUCCGGGGAACAGGUUUAAAAAUUUGAACCAGGUUUCUCUCUGUAAGGAAAGCCAACCAUGAAUGCUCCUCAGCGUUACGAAAGAUUUGUACUACCUGAAGGAACCAAGAAGGUUUCUUACGAAAGAGAUACUAAAAUCAUCAAUGCUGCUUCGUUUACUAUCGAGAGAGAAGAUCACACUGUUGGGAAUGUCCUUCGGAUGCAAUUACACAGGGAUGCUAAUGUUCUGUUUGCUGGUUACAAGCUUCCUCACCCUCUUCAGUACAAAAUCCUAGUCAGGGUUCAUACAACAAGUCAAUCUUCGCCAAUGCAGGCAUACAAUCAGGCAAUUAAUGAUCUUGAUAAGGAACUUAGUUGUUUGAAAAAUGCUAUUGAGUCCGAGGUCGAGAGGAGGACGCCUUAGACGUUCCAACGGUCGUGUAAAUCUGUUGCUUGGAUAGGGGUUUGGUUUUCCUUUUGAUACAAGAAGGUGAUUAGUUGAAGCAGAUUAUGGGUCAAAUGGGUUGUAAUAAUACCUUACUUCAAUUGAGGGUUUUCUUUUUUUUCAUUUUGAUUCUUUUGCUGUACACCUUUAAACGGUCUUAAAAAAACUGGAACAAGCUUAAUAUGUGGUUUAAGCCAUGUAUUUUGUAGUACCCAGAAGCAUCAGCUGGGAGUACCUUGGUGCUAAGCUUAGAAACGAGACUGUCAGGUAGAGUAUUCAUACAAUUCAAUUACAAG